CACAUUUCUGCAUGUGUAAUCCUAUAGAUUCUCUGAUGUUAUGCUACACUCUCACUCCUCUUGGGCUCUUGUCCUCCUCCUCCUCCUCUUCACUCUCUCUCCCUCUCUCUCUCUCUCCCUCCCCCUCCUCUCCUCUCUCCCUCUCUCUCUUUCCCUUCCUCUAUCUCUUUCUCUUGCACCACCUGUUAGUGCAGACCCCUGUGCUUUGGAAUUCACUUGUUUAUGAGGGAGUAUUUCACACUCACACAAUCAAAGCUCUAUGACGGUGCGAAAGGGAAAAAAGCUCACCAUCUCCAUCCAGGAACACAUGGCCAUAGACGUCUGUCCCGGCCCCAUACGACCAAUUAGACAGAUCUCUGCCUAUUUCCCUCGACUCUCCCCGACCGCUGAGCCUAUCUCUCCUAACCCUGCUUCUCCAUUGGCUCCCAGCCCGGGGGUUGGGGCCUCUGGAGGAACGAGCAGGAGUCUCUUGUCCCCUCUGCAGGCCGGGGCCAGAGGAGGGGGUGGGACUCUGUCAGCAGCAAGCAGCAUUGAGACAUCGGUGGACAUCUGCAGUUCAGACAGCGAUGACAGCACUGCACUGGGGACGUUAGAAUUUGAACUGAGGUAUGAGAGAGCGACCAGUUCACUCCACUGUACCAUCAUCAGAGCCAAGGGCUUGAAACCUAUGGAUUUUAAUGGCUUGUCAGACCCUUACGUCAAACUUCAUCUUCUACCAGGAGCAUGUAAGGCUAAUAAACUGAAAACCAAAACGGUCCGUAAUUCUCUAAAUCCUGUUUGGAAUGAGACUCUCACUUACAUUGGCAUCACAGAGGAGGACAUGCUCAGGAAGACUCUGAGGUUAUCGGUGUGCGAUGAGGAUAAACUGACUCACAAUGAGUUUAUUGGAGAGUCUCGCGUGGCCCUGCGACGAGUGAAACCAGACCAGACGAAACGUUUCUACACCUGUUUAGAACAUCCUCCACCUUUUCCCUCUCCUACAGCCAUGGGAGCAGCACUGCGAGGGAUGUCCUGUUACCUACGAGAGUGGGAGAACGAACAGCUGACCAGUUUGGAAGAGAGGGGCCGCCUGUUGCUCUCGAUGCAGUUCCUGCCCCCACCUGUAGAGGGCGAAGCAGAAGGCCGGCGAGGGGGCCUGUACGUCGGAGUGCUACGCUGUGCCCAUCUGGCAGCCAUGGAUGUCAACGGCUUCUCAGAUCCCUAUGUGAAAAUAUACCUGAAGCCAGAUGUGAAGAAGAAAUCCAAACACAAAACGGCAGUGAUUAAAAAGACCCUUAACCCAGAAUUCAAUGAGGAGUUCUUCUAUGAGAUCUCUCUAUCCGAACUGGUCCAUAAGACACUGGAGGUCACAGUAUGGGACUAUGAUCUGGGAAGAUCUAACGAUUUCAUAGGUGGCGUGUGUCUGAGCUGUCAGGUCCAAGGAGAUGCUCUUCGCCACUGGAUGGACUGCUUGAGGAACAAGGGUCAAAGGGUGGAGCGCUGGCACAUUCUGGCCAAUGAGCUGCCUCAGACCACCUGCCACGAUUGAGGAAGACUCCUGCCAGGAACGAGGAAAUCAGUCAUGAUAGGUUAAUGGAUUCGAUUGAUAUGAGGUGGACAUGGAGAUAAUUAUAUGAGCUAAGUAGGGGCCAAGAUGUUGGAAGUAAAUUACACACUUUGUGAUGUUUAAAAGGAGAGUGGAGGAUGGGCCACCAGUCGGCUUCUGACUUGAUGUCACUCAAAGCGAGUCCCCGCCCCUUUCACCCAAUUCUCUCUCACACGCUCAUUGCUGCACGUUUUCUACACAUUUUGUAACGUUGAAGUGUAUUUUACUCUAAUGAAAUCUCGUGUAGCACAAUUCUCUUUUUUGGUUACAAUGUAUUUUAAUGUUCAGUGCUUUCGUAAUGCUUGCAGACAGCGCAUCUUUAACAAUAUACGGGGGUGCAUGAAAACUGCCUGCCAUUAAUGCAUCAAAGUGAUAAACACAUGGUACCGCCAUGACAACAUGGGAAGGUCCUUAAGGGCCUGUCCUCUCAAAUGUUGUCAAUCAUUUUUGAAGCAAACACAGUUUCAUCAGGAGCAGGUUUCUGUGUACUGCUAACAAAUAGACUUUCCAUUUUGUAGCAUGAUGCAGUGUUUACAUUUUUUUUUUUUUUUUUUUUUACUUUGCACCAACUGUGUUUUCCAAGGUCUCACAUUUGGCAGUUUAUAAUUUCCAGUUGUUACUUUUCUUUAAAAGGGGGUUUUAUGGACAUGCUACAAUUUGAUAUCGCGUAGGUUAAUAACUUGAUAUAUUUUUGGAAUCAAAUGUUUAUAUGUGCCGUAUACUAAGACUAUCUGGAGUGCGUCUGCAUGCGUCCGCGUGUGUGUCGUCUGGUUGUUUUGUACCAAAAAAAAAAAGUGCUGUAUUCUUGAGGGUUUGUGGUUUACACUACUAUAAGUGCUUAUGUACAAAUUGGAAAUACAUUUGAAAUGCAUUGCU